AUGGCAAGGAGAUGGCAUAAAUUUGCAGCCAAGCAAAGGAAGAGGAUUUCUUUUCCAAGAUCAAGUUACCAUGGUGCAGAAAGUUGUAGCAUAGCAUUUUCUAUUGUUGACAAAGGGCAUUCUGUGGUCUAUACAACUGAUCAGAAGCAACUUGUGGUUCCAUUGGCUUAUCUUCAACACGAGGUAAUUGGACAACUAGGUGUAGAUGCAGAUCUUCAGAAUGCUAGCUCUACUUGUAUCAGUGGCUUCAAGUCGAUGCUCGUCAGCUUAAUUCCUACAAGAACCAAGAAACCUUCAAUUGCUAGUGCUGAACUAACUCUGAUAAGCUUGUAA